AUGUCGACUCUAUAAUCUCUGAACAAUGCCUUCAAAAAGUUCAAUGUCUACACCAGACCUGUGAGUUUAUUGCUUCUCAAAGAACAAGGCCAUAGAACAUAUUUAGGAGUCUUUCUCACAACUGUCCUAGUGAGCCUUGUAAUUCUGGUUUAUUACAGUGGACUUGAAUCGCUUAUUGUCAGAAAUAACCCAAGCGUUAUCACAUAUACACAAUACUAAGAGCAUUAAAGUGCGUUUUAUUUGACACCUUAAAAUUUCAGCAUCGCCAUCGCUCAGAAGGGAUAUGAUCUCUUGGAUUCCUAUAUCCUGGAGGGAGCCCUGGGAGGUAUAGACAGUCCGAUUUACCAGGAAAUCCCUUUGACCAGAUGCAUCGAUUUCCAAUUCAAUGAUCCCACUUUGAAUGCGUAUUUUGAUAAGGCAGAUCAAAUCUGGUACUGCAUAGAUUGGAGUUCCAUUAGUUAACUCGUUAUUGAGGGAGGUUUAGAAUCCUCCAAAGACAAAUCAUUAUAAAUCAUAGUUAAAUAAUGCACUUCAAUUACCUAAUGUACAUAUCCAAACGUAUUGGAUAGUGAUCAAUUCAUAUUUAAAAUGACAUCAGCCAACACCGACAUAUCCAAUUUCAAAACACCUGCAUCCCUCAUCGGCAAAACAUUCAGUCUUACAUCCCUCUCAAACUUUGCCAAAAAGUUGAACAUCAUCCUCCAACCACAACAAACACAAACCGAUAACGGAUACAUCACUCAAGACUAGUAUUAGGAAACGAUGCUCUCAAUUUCUAACUAUUAUGAAACCAUCCUGGAUAAAGAUUCGGAUAAGCAUGUCUUCGAAAUCAAUAUUUCACUUGAUCAAAAAACCCUAGUUACUUAACGCUCCUAUCCCAGAGUCUAUCAAUUCUUAGGAGAUAUUGGAGGCUUCUGGGAAAUCAUCUUUCUGUGUUCCUUAUUGUUCAUCAUGCCCUUCAAUAAUCUAUCUUACAGAGUGGCUUUAUUGAAUGAAUUGUUCAAUUUUGAACUAGACUUUGACCACAAAAUACAUCCUGAACAUAGGGGUAGUUCAAAAGUCAAGGAAAUCUUAAAUAAAUCGGUUCAACUUGAAAAAUUCAAUAGAAUGUCCAAGGUUGCAGAACAUGAAGAAUAAUAAAAAUCUAAACUAUUGGAUUAAAUUUCGAGUGACAUCACUCAAUUUUUCAAAGAAUAAGAAAGUAAAUUAGAUCUUCAAUUUUUUGAUUAUUUCGGUUGUUGCCAAUGCAAAAAGGGAGGCAAGAGGGAUCUUAUUAAUUUCUCUAUGGGUAAAAUCACUCACACUCUAGAUAUUACUUAUAUCAUUAAAAAACUUUAAGAAAUCGAUAAAUUAAAAUUGAUUUUAUUAAAUUCUGAUUAAAUCAAACUCUUUGAUUAUUUACCUAAACCCAAACUUGGAUUACACAUGAAACCAGGUGAAAAUGAAUACUGCUCUAUUCUAAAACCAGAACUAUCCGAUCUUGACAAAGCAUUAGAAGCCCAAAAGGCCUUUUAAUCCCUUCAAGACUAGGAUGAUGAAAUUACACCCAAACUUGUAAAGCUUUUAGACGACGAUCUAGUUUCCUUAUUUAAACUAUAAUUAAAUAAGGGCGUUAAUCGCUUUGUUAAAAAGCCAGGUCAAUUAGCUGAUGCAGUCUAAUAAUUGAUGCUCAUGAAUGCAAAAGAAAAAGAAAAUCAAAAGUCUAAGGAUAAGAAGAAAGAUAAAAAGAAAAAGAAAAAAGAUGAUUCUAGUAAUUCAGAUGACUCUGCCUCUUCUGGUUCUGAAAAAGAUUGA